CCGCGACCGCCUAGCCCCGCGUAGCAGGACGUUGUGCCAGAGCCGCGACUAGCCGGUCAGAGGGAACACGUCCUACUGGGGAGAGCGCGAUGCUGGGAAGGAAGAGAGCGGCGCAGGCGGCGGCGCAGUGGCUGCUGCUGCUGCUGCUGAUGCUGGGGGCGUCGGCGGCGCGCGGCAGGAAGGAGGACCGGCCCACCGACGAGGAGGUGGCCAACCUGCGCAGGAACAUGACGGACAACAGCCUGCUGCUGUUCCCGGGCGGCGACCUGCCGCCGCUGCUCUGCGAGAUGACCAAGGACAGCAGCGAGCGCCUCAGCCACCCGGCCGACUUCUACGCGCUCGCCAGGGUCGGCUUCAUCAUGUACUGCAACUUCCUGGCCGACGAGGCGGACACCUCGCGCCUGGUGCGCGUCAACGAGAUCAAGCUGGACAAGGUGUUCGGCUGGAGCGACGACGACGGCCACUUCGGCAACUACCAGCCGAAGCGCGACCUCAACUCGGCGGCGUGCACGCUCGACUCGCAGAUGCCGGCCGGCUUCUUCGACUUCCUGGCGCUGCGGCCGCACCAGCAGGACACGCUGCGCUGCUACGGCAACCCGGCGGGCGAGACGGCGCUGCUGUGGUUCCGCGGCUUCCCCACCGUGCUCUGCACCAUGGACGCCGAGCUGGAGCUGCGCGGCGCCUACGCCUUCACGCUGCCCGGCAUCGCGGGCGAGCCGUUCCGGUGCGCGUUCGCGCCCUACACGGCGGUGCCCAUGGCCGAGGAGCUGGCGUCGCAGGAGCGGCUGCACCGCUCGCUGACCGAGCGCUACGUGCCGCGGGGCGCCACCAAGUUCCCGCGCUACAACUGCACCGAGGGCGGCGGCGCCGAAGGCGACGGCGCCGGCGCCGGCGAGGGCGACCCCAGCGGAGCGGCCGUGUCCGGCAGCCCGCACUUCCGGGCGCAGUCUCCCUCGGGAGUCCUCUACAAGUGCAUUUUCCUCCUCUAAGGAGGAUCCACUCCAGGCCAAAGCGCGCGGUAUGACUAUGCGGCUAUGGAAAUCUCCGAGUCAAGGAUAUCUUCGGAGGUGUUUGGGUUGAAUAGGAAAUACUUCACGGAAUCUACGUAAUUUAUGUUUGAAUAAAUUUCAUUUAUCUCCUUUUGUGUGGUACACACACUGUCAGAAUAAGUGUGAUGCUUUGCUGUUAGUGCUGUUUCGUGAACUUAAUUGCAUUUAUAAACCUUGUCAGCCCACUCUCUGUCUAAUAUUAACUAUUAUGGAAUGUUACUAGCCCAUGACAUCAUUAUAAAUGUAAUAAAAACACUUAACUGUUUAUUUGUGAAAAUUUAUAUUGAUACAGUGGGAUGGAAAUCCAAAACGAAGAAAGUAAAUGUUAAGUUACUUACGACUUUGUUCCCAUCGCUAACAUACCAACAAAUUUAUAUUAAACACUGUCGUAUAGCAUCAUUUUCUUUGCAUAUCUGGGAAAUAAAUUUGUUACACUACUCAUGAGAAAGUUAUUAAGGUUACUUUUAUACACAAAAAUGGAGGAUGGUCGUACAGCGUGAAGCGUAUUUGUGUUUCAGACAAGUCAGUGAAAAGUGAAAGCCAGUUAAAUAGCAAAUUAAAAUGAAAGGCAUUUAUGUCUCAAUCAGGCAGUUUCUGAGAGCCGUUAGCAUUCCCUCCGCUGGUCACCUAAAGUAAUACUUUUACAAACCUCAAAGCAACAGUUUAAGCGUUAUUAAUAUCUUACAGUAGAAUCAAGCCUUACAAAUAUAGCAACAGUGCGUGUUGUACGUAUUUGCAAAUAGUCAUUGUUACAGCUUAUAAUGUUAGCAACUGACCACCUGCAAGAUUCGCUGGUGUAUGAGCUUUGCUGUAGAUAACCUGUAUUGAUUUCAAGUAACACAAUGAAAGUUGAUUAUACUUUAAU